GGCAGUGGUUAGUCAUUGUUGGUCCUCUUCAGAAGCGCUUGCAUUUUACCUACGUCGAUUGUGUCGCUCGUUGUUAUCAAAUCCCAUUAUUAGUUCUUAUUUUCCUAUAAUUUUAUCAAUUCCAUCAUCAUGUUUGAGGCACGUCUUCUCCAAGGAUCGUUGUUGAAGAAAGUUAUGGAAGCUUUGAAGGAUUUGCUGAACGAAGCAGCAUGGGAUUGUUCCGAUGCCGGCAUCCAACUCCAAGCUAUGGACAAUUCCCACGUCAGCCUUGUGUCUCUUUCCCUAAGGGCCGAAGGCUUCGACAAGUACAGAUGUGAUCGCAACUUGUCAAUGGGCAUGAACUUGGGCAGCAUGUCAAAGAUUCUGAAGUGUGCCUCUAAUGAAGACAUAAUCACGAUCAAAGCACAAGACAAUGCUGACACAGUUACCUUCGUCUUUGAAUCCCCUGAGCAAGACAAAGUAUCAGAUUACGAGAUGAAGCUAAUGAAUCUCGACCAAGAACACCUGGGCAUUCCGGAAACCGAUUAUGCAUGCACCAUCAGACUGCCAUCUAGUGAAUUUGCCAGAAUUUGCAGAGACUUGAGCCAGUUUGGAGAGUCCAUGGUCAUUUCCUGCACUAAAGAGGGAGUCAAGUUUUCAGCUACUGGAGAUAUUGGAACUGGUAACAUCAAGCUAGCUCAGUCAGCCAAGGUCGACAAGGAAGAAGAAGCCGUCGUGAUUGAGAUGCAGGAGCCCGUCUCUCUGACUUUCGCUUGCAGAUAUCUCAACUCUUUUACGAAAGCCACCUCUCUGUCCAAGUCCGUGCAGCUAUCCAUGUCCCCUGAGGUCCCACUUGUCGUCGAGUACAAGAUUGAAGAUAUUGGGCACGUUCGUUAUUACCUAGCCCCCAAAAUCGAAGACGAAGAAACCGCUUAGUUGUUCAAACAGGUGCGGCCCACCUCAUUGCAUAUCUAUCCCCACUAUGACGCCAUACGAAACCAAUACAUCUCUUGUAAGGGAA